CUCCAACCAGGAAGUAAAUUACAGAUCUUGUCCAAGUCUCGGCUAAAAUCUCGCUCUGACAUUCCAAAGUUUGUUUGUUAGCAGAUAUAUACAUUUAGAGGUCAUUUGCAUUAAUUAUGGCACUUUCCAAACCAAAAAUACCAGGCACUGCCCAACACUUUCUAGAGUGUGGUUUUGAAGAUUGUGAGAGAAAUUGUGAAUUCUACUGUAAUUCCUGCCAUCAACAGCUGUGUAAACCAUGCAGAGACCAACAUCUAAAGAUUCCAGAAAACAAAAACCAUGAGGUGGUCCUUUACCAGCAACGUAGACAUCAACUUCCUGUGAUGAAAUGCAAGAUCCAUCCCACUAAAGAAAUAGACAUUUACUGCAAAGACUGCAAUAUACCUUUAUGUUCAAAGUGUUCAACAAUGCAAGAGCACCAGAGACAUUGCUUUGUUGAUUUAGAAACUAUUUACACAGACAAGUUUGAACUUUGCAAAAAAGAACUCUCUAAAAUCCAUAAUUACUUUGUUCCUACGUCACAUGAUUUACAGAGAGAAGUUCGGGAAGAUGCCACAGAAGUUAAACAGAUCAUGGACAGCAUACGGACAUCCAUGAAGGCUGAAGCCGAGUCUCUCAAAAACAUGGUGGACACAGUGCUCUCAGAAAAUAUGGAAGAAUUAAACCAAAUAGAGCAGUCAUUACUGGAGAAAUUAAAGAGCCAAGAGAAGACAUUUGAUGAUUAUAUUGCCUAUCUCAGUGACCUUGUUAAAGAGUUCCAGAGUUACCUGUCCUCUACUGAGCUCACUAACUUCACAACUAAACUCCCAGAGAACUUAAAAAUAAAAUCCAUACCAGAAACCACCAAACCUGUCACACCAGAAUUUUCUUCUGCUCAAUACAACAAAAAUGACGUUGCUAAAUUAUUAGGGAAAGUAUUUAAAUCAGAUAGAAAGGCAGAACUAAGAAGAGUAAAGCCAAUGGAAAUUCCUACUAUUGCUACAUCAAUAAAAUCUACAAGUGAACAGACAAAACAAGAUAAACACGUGAAAUCUGACAAGAAACAAACCAUGUCUCUAUCUGCCACCAAGGUCAGAAAGUUCAGAGUACCAGGUGUUGAUAAUGCAUUCCAUACAAAACAGGAUAAAGACGUGAAAUCUGACAAGAAACAAACAAUGUCUCUAUCUGCCUCUGUCACCAAGGUCAGGGAGUUCAAAGUACCAGGUGUUGAUCAUGUAUACCAUGUAUCACUAGAUCAAUCAGACAGACUCUGGAUCAGUGACUAUUGGGGUAAUCUUGUCCAAACAGAUCUACAGGGGAAUGUGAUACAGAAGAUAAAAACCAGUGGUAGAGAUCAAGGUUACCACACAGUCACACAGGACAGGAAUCUGAUCUUUACAGACCAAGACAAGAAAGUCAUCAAUAGGAUAACACAGGAUGAUAAUAUCACUGAAUUCAUUAAAACUGGAGACUGGACACCAUUCAGCGUACACUCCUCCCACAUCAACGGGGACUUACUGGUGGGGAUGAGGAAGGAUAGAGAGGGUAAAGUCACCAGGUACAACAAGACAGGAAAAGAACUACAGAACAUACAGAGUAAUAACAAAGGACAGGGACUGUAUAGAUAUCCACACUACAUCACGGAAAACAUCAAUGGAGAUAUCUGUACAUCUGACUAUAAUAAAGAUGUCGUAGUGGUGGUGAAUAAAUCAGGACAACACAGGUUCUCCUACACAGGUCAGGAGUCAAGGUUCGUUCCCUAUGGAAUCUGUACUGAUGUCCUCGGUCAUAUCCUGGUGUGUGAUGUUUCCACUGACACUGUUCACCUCCUUGAUCAGGAUGGACAGUUCUUGUCUCUAUUAUUCACACGACAACAAGGGGUAAAGUUUUCCUGUAGUGUGUGUGUGGAUGAUGAGAAUAAUCUCUAUGUAGGACAAUAUAACACAAACACACUGACAGUGUACAAAUAUCUACAGUGAUUAUAAUUCUGUCAGUUCAGUAUAGACUGAAUAGAAUAUUUAAUUUAAAUUUGUGAAUUCCAGGAAAGAAAUAAUUAUACUGAAUAGUGUACCCUUCAAUAAACAUUAUACUAAAUAAAUUGCACAGUACUAUUACAUGUAAUUGAUUUCAAUGGUAAACAUGUCAUGAACACUUUUUUGGAUUCCCAAUUAAAAGAUAUCUGUCAUUUUUACUAUGUGGUGAAUGGUGAAAAUGAUUAUGAAGUAAAAUAAUCUACAAUAAAACAUGGUUAUAGUGAAAUGCUUGUAAUUACAUGUAAUUCCUGCUAACAAUACCUAUGCUUUUAAAACAUAUUGUAAACUUGAAGAAUAUAUAAUGAAUUAAAAUUGCACAUCCCUGGAACUUCACUUUCAGCUUAUUUUACUGUAUACUGAU